AUGGUCAAGAUCAAGAGCAUCGAGUAUUUCCGUGUUCUUCCCAGAUGGCUGUUCGUCAAGAUCGUGGACGAAGAGGGCCAGUACGGCUGGGGUGAGAGUACCCUCGAGGGUCAUACUGAGGCUGUGGAGGGAACACUGAAUGCACUGUGCAAGAGAUUCGUGGGCUACGAAGCGGAUGAUAUCGAACACAUUUGGCAGAUGGCCUGGCGCCUGGGGUUCUACCGUGGAGGCCCCGUCUUCAUGUCGGCCAUCUCAGGUAUCGACAUUGCACUGUGGGAUCUCAAGGGCCGCCGGCUCGGCGUCCCCAUCCAUCAGCUUAUUGGAGGAAAAGUUCGCAACAAGCUCUCCGUCUAUGCCUGGAUCGGCGGAGACCGGCCCUCCGACGUAGAAGCUGCCGGCAAAGCACGACUCGCGCAGGGAUUCAAAGCGAUCAAGAUGAACGCCACCGAGGACGUCAACUGGUUGGAAUCGCCGAGCGUGCUUGACUCCUGCGUCGAGCGGCUCCAGGCCGUCAAGGCGCUCGGCCUGGACGCCGCCCUCGACUUCCACGGUCGACUGCACAAGCCCAUGGCCAAACAGCUCGCGAAAGCGCUCGAGCCGCACCGCCCGCUGUUUCUCGAGGAACCCCUUCUCUCCGAGCACCCGGAAGCCAUCAAGCAGCUCUCGGACCAGGUCUCGUGUCCCAUUGCGCUCGGCGAGCGGCUCUACAGCCGCUGGGACGUGAAGCGAUUCCUCGAGGACGCGAGCGUCGACAUCCUCCAGCCGGACAUCAGCCACUGCGGCGGCAUCUCGGAGCUGCGCCGGAUCGCCUCCAUGGCUGAGGCGUACGAUGUCGCGAUCGCGCCACACUGCCCGAUGGGCCCCAUUGCGCUGGCGGCGUGCAUGCAGGUUGAUCUGGCGACGCCCAACUUCGUGAUCCAGGAAAUGAGCCUGGGGAUCCACUACAACACAGAAGCCGGCGAGUAUGAUAUCACAAGCUACGUGAAGGAUGCUAGCGUUUUUGAGGUCAAGGACGGCUAUGUCGAUGUCUUGACGGCGCCUGGCUUGGGUAUUGAAGUCGAUGAGGAGACUGUUCGUCGGGUAGCACUGAAGACUGAGCCGUGGCUUUGCAAGGAAUUCUUCGGUGUUGACGGCGGUAUUCGCGAAUGGUGA